CUCUCAUUCAACUCCCGAUUUAUUAUUACUUCUUCCUCCUCCUGAGAAGAUAAAUCCCUUUUGCCCUAACCUUUCGAAGCUAAUAGUACUGCUAUCAUUGCUGAAAUGAUAAUUUUAGUGCCAAUUUUAUUUUUCAGAAAUUAGAGCAAAAAACGGCGUGAUUUUUGAUUUGUGCUCACUGUUUUUUUGCAGGAGCUUCUGGAUUCCCGCAUCGUCUUCAUUCGGUUGCUUUUUGGGGGUGGAAGAAGUGGUUUUUGAAUUUGAUUGUUGUUUAUUUGAAGUUCUCUGACAAUGAUUUAAUUGGUUUUGACAGUUGAAGAGAAACUCAGGAUUUUGCUAGGUCUUGUGCUGAGGUUUGAUUGAUUUGUUCUAGUUUCAAUGGACGAUGCAAAGUCAAAGAUAAGGAAGGAUGAUUCUGAAAUGGAAUCUUUAAAGAGGAGCCACAGGGACAGGGAUAGAGAGGAUCGGAAACGAGAUAAAGAGAAGAAUGGGGAGAGAACCAAGGACAGAGACAGAGACAGGGACAGGGACAGGGAUCACCGCCGUUCAUCUUCUGAUAAAAAGGAUAGAAAAGACAAGGAUAGGGACAGGGAAAGGGAGAGGAGUAUUGAUGAUAAAUACAGAGAUCGGGAGAAGAGUAUUGAUGAUAAAUACAGAGGUCGGGAGAAGAGUGUUGAUGAAAAAUAUAGAGACAGAGAUAAGGAGAGGCACAAGGAUAAGCACAAAGAGAAGGACCGGGAAAAAGAGAGGACUUCAACUCGUGAUGCUGAAAAAGCUAGGGACAAGGGUAGGGAAAGAGAAGACAGAGAAGUUCAUAUGGAGAAGGAUGAAAAGGAGCGAGAGAGGGGGAAGGACAAGGAAAUGGACAGGGAGAAAGAUAGAGAAAGGGAUAGGGAGCGAGAAAAAGAGAAGGAGAGGGAAAGGGAAGAGCGUGAAAGAGAUAGAGAAAGGGAGAGGAGGGAAAGGGACCGCGGAAGAGAGAGGGAAAGGAGGGAGAGGGAAAGGGAAAGAGAGAGGGAGAAGGAGAAAGAGAGGGUUCGGGAAAGAGAGAAGCGGCGCGAAGCAGAUAGGGAUCCUAGUAGUGAUGACAGUGAUGUCAAGGACCGUGAUAGAAAGAGGCGGAGGAGGGAUGAUAGUCAUAAAGACCGGGACCGUGAACAAAGUAGCAAGUCCCACAAGCACAAAGAUAAUGGUGAAGAUAGUAGCCCUCAGAAAAGGAGCAAUGAAGAUUUUGUGGAGAAGAAAGAGGAGAAUAGAGAAGAAGAACUUGCCGAAGAACAGAGGAAAUUAGAUGAGGAGAUGGAAAAGCGCCGCAGAAGAGUUCAGGAAUGGCAAGAGCUAAGAAGAAAGAAGGAAGAAUCCGAAAGAGAAUCACUUGGAGUGGCGGCCAAUGCUGAAGAACCACAAUCUGGUAAGACUUGGACCCUGGAAGGAGAAUCUGAUGAUGAAGAAGCCAGAUCUGAUGGAAAAGAAGAUACUGAUAUGGAUGUGGAUGAGGGUGGGAAGCUCAUCAAUAGUGAUAGAGAUGACAUGGCCAUUGAUUCUGAAAAUGGUCAUGUGGCUGGUGCUGAGAAUGAGGCUGCUGGAGCCACAGCUGAUGAAGAAAUAGACCCGUUGGAUGCUUUCAUGAAUUCUAUGGUACUGCCUGAAGUUGAAAGGCUUCAUUCUGAGCCUCCUCCACCUGAAGAUUUUAGUAAGAAUUUGAAUGAGAAAAGUAAUCGAAGAAACGGGGAACAUCCUAAGAAAGGGGUAAGGAAAUCCAUGGGUAGGAUCAUUGCCGGGGAAGACUCCGAUUCAGAUUAUGAGGACUAUGAAAAGGAAGAAGAUCCUCUUGAGGAUGAAGAUGAUGCUGAAUUUUUUAAGCGAGUGAAGAAAACCAAGGCGGAGAAAUUAGCUGUUGUAGACCAUUCAAAAAUAGAAUAUCCGCCAUUCCGGAAGAAUUUCUAUAUUGAAGUCAAAGAAAUUUCAAAAAUGACGUCUGAGGAGGUAGCAGCUUACAGGAAAGAGUUGGAAUUGAAAAUACACGGCAAAGACGUGCCAAAACCAGUCAGAACUUGGCAUCAAAUGGGAUUAUCAACCAAAAUCUUGGAGACCAUAAGAAAGUUGGACUUUGAGAAGCCCAUGCCUAUUCAGGCCCAGGCAUUGCCUGUUAUUAUGAGUGGCAGAGACUGCAUUGGUAUAGCUAAGACAGGCUCUGGCAAAACUUUAGCAUUUGUCUUACCUAUGUUGAGGCAUAUCAAGGAUCAGCCUCCACUGAUGCCUGGUGAUGGUCCAAUCGGGCUUAUAAUGGCACCUACAAGGGAGCUUGUCCAACAAAUCCACAGUGAUGUUAAAAGGUUCUCUAAGAUAUUGGGUCUUAGCUGUGUUCCUGUUUAUGGAGGUUCUGGUGUUGCUCAACAGAUUAGUGAAUUGAAACGGGGUGCUGAGAUUGUUGUUUGCACUCCUGGUAGGAUGAUUGACAUACUUUGUACCAGUGCUGGGAAAAUCACUAAUCUGCGUAGGGUUACAUAUUUGGUUAUGGAUGAAGCCGACAGGAUGUUUGACAUGGGAUUUGAGCCUCAAAUAACUAAGAUAGUUCAAAAUACUCGACCUGAUCGUCAAACUGUACUUUUUUCUGCAACCUUUCCUCGUCAAGUUGAAAUAUUGGCUCGAAAAGUAUUGAACAAACCUGUAGAAAUCCAGGUAGGCGGGAGGAGUGUUGUUAACAAAGAUAUAGAGCAGUUAGUUGAAGUGAGGCCUGAGAGUGAUAGGUUCCUUCGACUAUUAGAACUUUUGGGCAAAUGGUAUGAGAAGGGAAAGAUUUUGAUAUUUGUCCAUUCGCAGGAGAAAUGCGAUGCCUUAUUUCGGGACUUGCUCAAGCAUGGGUAUCCUUGUCUUUCUCUUCAUGGGGCAAAGGAUCAAACUGAUCGUGAAUCAACCAUUGCUGAUUUCAAGAGUAAUGUCUGCAACUUGUUGAUUGCAACAAGUGUUGCUGCUAGGGGUUUGGAUGUAAAAGAGUUAGAACUGGUGAUCAAUUAUGACGUUCCAAACCAUUAUGAGGACUAUGUUCAUCGCGUUGGUCGGACAGGUCGGGCUGGCCGGAAAGGCUGUGCUAUUACCUUUAUAUCAGAGGAUGAUGCUAGAUAUGCACCAGAUCUUGUUAAAGCAUUGGAACUUUCUCAGCAAGUUGUACCCAGUGACCUGAAAGCUCUUGCAGAUGGAUUUAUGGCCAAGGUGAAUCAAGGACUUGAACAAGCCCAUGGAACUGGUUAUGGUGGUAGUGGUUUUAAAUUUAAUGAAGAGGAAGAUGAAGUGCGAAAAGCUGCCAAGAAAGCGCAGGCAAAAGAAUAUGGGUUUGAGGAAGACAAAUCUGAUUCCGAUGAUGAAGAGGGAGUUAGAAAGGCUGGUGGUAGUGACCUACCUCAACUGGUUCCGAAUGGUGCUCUUCCAGGCAUACUUAAUUUGCCUGCUGCUACAACAGUUCUUACCAAUGGUGGAAUAACUAUUGGGCCCAGUGAAGCCAGUGCUAGAGCAUUAGCCGCUGCGAUGAAUUUGAAGCACAACUUAGCCAAGCUUCAAGCUGAUGCCAUUCCUGAACAUUACGAGGCUGAGUUGGAGAUAAAUGAUUUCCCGCAAAAUGCUCGUUGGAAGGUGACCCACAAGGAAACUCUUGGUCCAAUAUCCGAGUGGACCGGAGCUGCUAUCACAACCAGGGGGCAAUUCUUCCCGCCUGGCAAGAUACCUGGGCCCGGGGAUCGGAAGCUGUUUUUGUUCAUUGAAGGACCUAAUGAACAAUCUGUGAAGAGAGCUAAAGCUGAACUUAAACGUGUGUUGGAGGAUAUCACCAACCAAGCAUCAGCACUACCAGGUGCAGCGCAACCUGGAAGAUACUCAGUUGUCUAAGGUCGAGGUCGAGUUUUUUUGACAUAGACGAAGUACAUCUUAUAUGCUUACAUCGGGACAUUUCUUACUUUCUAGACUGCUUAAUGAACUUCCAGGGAAAAGUCUGAUCAGGCAUUUUGUUUAUUAGCUUUGUUAUUUAUAUGCUGUUCCAGAUAUUGCUGAAUGCUGUGUAAUCAGAUUUCUUAAUUAUAUUCUUGUCAUCUUUCUUAUUGGCGGAGAGGAAAGAAAACUCAUGGUAUAAGUCUUUGGAGCAUUAUUUAUUGGAAUCCUCAUUAGUUUUUGACAAUUGAUAUUUUUUUGUAAGAUCUUUUGCUUGACUUGGUUUUGAUUGACAUUUGAAAUUUGUACGAAUGUUUUGGUCUUAGAGCAAGAGGCUUUCAUGGAUGCCUCUAGGGUUACUGUUAAUCAUGCAAGCUAAUGCAGGAUGACUGAGGAUAUCUUUCAAAGAUCAAUCUGGCCAAAUUUUUUUGAAGAUGGUGGAGAUGUGUAGCAGGAGUAUGCUAUGAAUCGUUUUUGUGUUGUUAAACUUGUUAUUGCCUUUCUAUUUACUAGCUUGAUGAAGAACCUGUUUGUUCUUUCCUUCAUUGUGGGCUGAUCACUGAAUUCUGUUAUCUUUCUUGGUUUGAGUUUUUGUUCUCCGAUUCAAGGGUUUCAUACUGCUGAUUGGGUUACGAUAACCUGUGGAGAUGGUGUGUGACAUCGUUUGAGGUUGAGACCCUGGUGGAUUCAAGCUUUGGUCACUGAGUGCAGAAUCAUAGUGCACAAUAUCAGAUAGCUCUUUUAUUUUGCCUCUAUGCUGUGAAGGAAUAACAACAGCUCCCAGCCGGAAUUAUUGGAAGGUCACUGACUGGCACCAAGUACUUGCAGUAGCAUAUUCUUAUUGUUGAACCUAAUAAUCUUUAUGGUGUAAUCUUCUAAAUUUUACAGUUACUAUUUGUUUACAUUUAUUUCAACCAUCCUUAAGUUUGGAGUUCAUGCUGACCGGAAAGAUCAAAGAUUGAACGUGAAGCAACAUCAUCAGUUCAAGCAUUACGAACUUAACAAGAUGCAGCAGUUAAGUGUAAUUUUCCUUUCUCUUCCAAUCUUCUUUUGUCUUGUUGGUAAUGG